CCUUGUUUGGGAUUCAAUCCCUUAAUCCCAUCUCUCUCUCUCUCUCUCUCUCUCUCUCUUUCUCUAUAGAAGAUGAGCUUUCUAAACAUGGUUGAGGCAAAAUUGCCUCCAGGGUUCAGAUUCCAUCCACGAGAUGAAGAACUUAUAUGUGAUUACUUGAUAAGGAAGAUUACAGGCAAUAAUGGGAAGGGGAGCACUUAUGAAUCUCCUAUGAUGAUAGAGGUAGACUUGAACAAGUGUGAGCCUUGGGAGCUUCCAGAGGUGGCUUGUGUGGGAGGAAGGGAAUGGUAUUUCUUCAGUCAGCGUGAUCGGAAGUAUGCGACCGGACUGCGAACAAACCGGGCUACAAUGUCUGGGUAUUGGAAAGCCACAGGGAAGGAUAGACAAAUCAUCCGCAAAGGGACCCUUGUGGGUAUGAGGAAAACCCUAGUUUUCUACCAAGGGAGGGCACCCAAAGGGAAAAAGACAGAUUGGGUUAUGCAUGAGUUCAGGCUUGAAGGACCUUCAGAACCAUCAAAAACUUCUUUACAGGAGGAUUGGGUGCUAUGUAGAGUAUUCUUCAAAAAAGGAGGAGUUUCUGGUAAACCUAGUGUGGAAAACUAUUAUGAAGAUGACACAGGUUCUUCACCAUUCCCACCUUCAAUGGACUCCUACAUCAGUUUUGAGCAAAAUCCACCUAAUUUAGUUGAGUUUGAGCAAGUGCCCUGCUUCUCCAAUUUUGCCCAAAACAAUACCAACCCAAGCAUGCCACCUUAUGCUCAAAUGGAACAAAAUAUGCUCACCAAGAAUUUAGCCAGCUUUGGAGGAGUAUUACCUGAUAUGGGUACCUUCUCAAGCCCUUCUAGUGAUAAAAAGGUAAUAAAAGCAAUCUUGAAUCACCUCAGCAAAAGUGAAAACAAUAUGAAGGUGGAAUUAGCUACAACAAGUUUAGGGGAAGGAAGUUCUGAGAGCUACUUAUCUGAGGUGGGUUUGUCAAGUAUGUGGAACCCAUAUUGAAUAUUCAAAGAUAUUACAUCAUGUGUCAUGCAAGAAUGGAGAAGAAGGGUUAUGGCUCUUGCAAGGACAAGGUGCAAGGACAAGGCAAGGAUGGGUUGGAUAUAUGAAUUUUUUUUUCUUUUUCUUUUCUUGGAUUGGGUCAAAGUUUUAUUUGUAAUGAUUCGCAUGGUAAAUGGAGUUUUUAGUACUGCACAUAUUUAAAAUGUUAGGAAGGUUGUUUUUGAGAUGAAAGAUGUUGUAUUGUGACUUUAAUGUAAAGCUCCAUCUGUGAUUGACUUCAGAAGACUCAACCUGGUUCAACAAAACCUUUUCUUAGCUGUUUGGAUAUAACUAAUCCUGUUGCCACUUCAAAUUGUAGGCACCCA